AUGAGUUCAGUGAAAAUGUUGCGGUCACGUCUCAAUGGCAUCCUUUUCAGGCUUAUGUUUGAAGAGCACGUAAACAAUAUCAAACCUGACAUUGUGGCGGUUACACUAGCUUGUGAAGAGCUGAAGAAGAGUGAAAGCUUUAGUAAGCUUUUAGAGUUAGUGCUGUUCCUUGGAAACUACAUGAACUCUGGCUCCAGAAACGCACAGUCUCUUGGUUUUAACAUCAGUUUUCUUUGCAAGAUUCGAGAUACUAAAUCAACAGAUCAGAAAACAACCCUAUUGCAUUUUCUGGCAGAAAUCUGUGAGGAGAAUUACCGAGACAUCUUAAGAUUUCCAGACGAAUUGCUGCAUGUUGAGAGUGCAAGUAAAG